AUGGUUAAAGAGAAGAAAAAAGACACCACCAGCACCACUGCAAAGAAAGCCAAGAGCAAUUCCGAGAUCGAUGAUAUAUUUGCCACCAAAAAGUUACCCAAAGACGACAAGAGCGUAGAGGAGGAAUCGACAAAGAAAAAGAACAAAAAAGACAAGAAGAAGAAGGAGGAUAGUAGCGAUGACAAAGAGAAGCAAGAGGAUCAAGAGAACAAGGUGGAAGAAGUUGUAUUUGCAGAACUGGCAUCUGUCAAAAAGGGAAUCAAGCGACAGCAACCACCAGCACCUCCUGAAGACGAUGAUAGCUUUGGAGAUUCUCGAGGAAAGAAAGCCAAGCGCACAACGGAGGAUGGUUAUCCCUUGUAUGAUGUGAAGGAUCUCCGGAUAGGUGAAGGCAAAGACACUCCUCAAUGUCCCUUUGAUUGUGAUUGCUGUUACUAG